AUGCGAAAGAUCCUAGCAGAGGCCUCUGCGGCAGCCGACGCAAUGUCCGCGCCCGCCCGCCCCCCGCCCGCCGCCGGCGCGGCCGCCGCGGCGCGCGAGGCGUGGGGCUUCUCGGCGGACGGGCGGCCGCCGGCGCUGGGCGCGUUUGUGAGGGCGCUGGGGGAGCGCCUGCUGGCGGCGCUGCAGGAGACCGUGGCUAACGUCAGCGGCAUAUUUUUGCAG